CUUUCUUCUCACAUAUGUCUAUGUGUUCAUCUCAUCUUCAUUGAAAUCCAAGAAUAAAGUCUAAUUUAGACCUUUUGAAAUAUAUUUUUUGAUACAUUUUUGUUUUGGAAAAAAAAGUCCUUGAAUUAGUUUGGGUUUUUUUUCUUCUUCUUAAGCUAGCUAGCAAUGGAGUUUACUAGUUUGGUUGACACUUCAUUGGAUCUCAACAUAAAGCCUCUCCGUUUCAACGUUGACGACAGACCGAAACAAGAAGUGGAGAGGAAUUUCAUUGGGUUGGGCACCAUCAACAUGGCAAUCAACAAUGAGAGAGUGGAAGAGGUGAUGGAGGAGGUGAGGAGAGUGAGGGAGGAGAACAAGAGACUGACGGAAAUGUUGACGAUUAUGUGCAAGAAUUACAACUCCCUGAGAGAGCAAUUGGAAGGGUAUUUGGGUCAUUUUCAUCACCAUCACCAGAACAGCAAUGGCUCUGCAGGUGGGCCGCCCUCCUCCGCCGGAGUGAAGAAGAAGAAGAGGAAAUCAGCUGGCGGGAGCCAUAAUAAUAAUAUGUCUCAGAGCAGUUCAAACAAAGAAGAAGAAGAAGAAGAAGAAGAACAUUCUGUGAACAAGAAAAAGCCCAGACAAGACGAAGAAGAAGAAGAAGAACAAAAACAGGUGCAGAAAGAACACAUCAAAUGUAAGACGACCAAAGUUUAUGUCCGGACUGAUUCAUCCGACCACACCUCCCUCCUUGUGAAGGAUGGAUAUCAAUGGAGGAAAUAUGGGCAGAAAGUGACAAGGGAUAAUCCAUCCCCAAGAGCCUAUUUCAAAUGCUCUUUUGCCCCUACUUGCCCUGUCAAGAAAAAGGUCCAAAGAAGCAUUGAAGAUCAGUCCAUUUUGGUGGCCACCUACGAAGGGGAACACAACCACCCCUCAAAGCCGGACCAACCCGCCGCCGGCGCUUCCACGGCGGCCAACCGUUCCAUCGCGACGCCCCGCGGUGGAUCCGCCGCCUCCACAAUCACCAGCCCCGGAAAACCAGCCACCCCCCUGGAUCUGGCAUCGCCAAAUCCAUUCCCGCCCGGCAGAGUCAACCCUCCGGCCGGAGACUCGCCGUUUACCGGCAGGCCGGAGUUCCAGCAGUUCUUGGUGGAGCAGAUGGCGACCUCUCUCACGAAAGAUCCGAGCUUCAAAGCCGCCAUCGCAGCCGCCAUUACCGGAAAAUUCGUCGCACAGAAAUGGUGAAAAAGUAAAAAAACUUUAAAAAAAAUGAAGAAGUGUGGACUUUGGAUUUUAACCGUGGAGUUAAUUUUCUAGUCUUUUCAAGAGAGAAAUUGAUAGGGUUGAAAAGUUGAAAAGGAGGAGAAUUUGUGUAAAUACCAGCAGAUUAGGUUGUAUGGA